UAAAAAAUUAAAACAUCAGUCAUGUCAAACUUGUCAAAAAUGUGUGAUUGGAAUAAAUGCGAUUAAAUUAUUUCGCGACUAUUCGCGAAAAAUAAUUAAAUUUGUUACAAAGUGUGUGUCUGUUAUUUUUUUUAUAAUCGUUUAUUUUUGUUUUAUAUUCAAUUAGACGUAUUAUGAGAUAGUGCUGGUGAAAGUACUAAAGAACUUGAUUGUGAUUUUUAAACUCGUAAGAAAUGAAAAAUGAAUAACAGCUCCGAUUAUAUUUAUUGGUCCGAGCUACAUUGCUCAAAGGAUGCACUGACGGAUAACUAUGGAUGGUUCAUGCAGUUCCUGUUGGCAGUAUUGGCGUUUACUUGUUUAAUAGGUAAAAGGUUUUGUGAACCUCGAUAUGCAAGGAGACCGUGGCUUAUAUGGUUCUAUGAUACUUCGAAGCAGGGGUUGGGAGCACUGAUCAUCCACGCAGCCAAUGUAUGGCUGUCACCACAUCUCACUGGGAAUCCAUGCACAUGGUACAUAGUGAACUUCAUGUUGGAUUCUACACUAGGCCUGCUAAUAAUAUGGGCCGGUAUCAGGCUAGCUCAGUACUGUGCAAGAACUUAUGAUAUACCACUCAUCAAUUUUGGUGAAUAUGGUAAGCCGCCGAUGUGCUCUGCAUGGAUAUGCCAAUGUAUAUUGUACGCAGCCCUCGCGACCUUCGCGAAGUCUGUCCUGGCGCUGGUACUCCGACUACCACCAGUGGUUGCCGUCCUCUCCACCUUGCGCCUGUCGCCAGUCUCCGAUCCUCGUUUGGAACUGGCUGUCGUCAUGCUCAUCAUACCCUUCUUUGUUAAUAUAUUAAUAUUUUGGGUGACAGACAACUUCCUCAUGUACCAUCCACGAGGUGUUAGCUCGAAGAUUAAGACUAAGGUGAGAUACCAGUCCAUUAAAAAAGAAAAAUCAGGGUCCGAAGAGGAGCGAGAUUCAGCGGACGAGCGGCUUUUGGGAGCUAGUGUAUGACCUUACAGGAAGCCCAGUCUAUGUCGGGCUUAAAAGUGUAAUCUCUUAGAAUAUAUCUUCACUACUGACUUGCCAUCCCAAUAUCAACUGACAACACAACCGUCAGUAAGUCUUACGAGAAUUUCAUCGAUUAACGAUCGAUAUUUGACUUUUGAACAAAUUAUCGUUAAUCGAUUAGAAAUUCUACUUCCAUUUACUCGAAUUGUAAUCGAUACAUGUAAAAUUGUGUUUGUAUAUAUAUGUAUGUAUGUAAAUUAAAGGUUUAAAAGGUUUAUGGCAAGUUCUGUAGUAGUGUGCAGUCCAAAUAGGAGUGACAUUCAGCUAUUUGUGAUAUUUCGUUAGGCGUUAGACCAACUUCGCUAGUGCAGUUCUUAUAAAAGAAUUUUAGUUUUAAAAAUACGUCGUUUUUGAUAGAUUUAUUUAAAGCUAUUUUACCAAAAUUUAUUCUUGUGAAAUGAGAUUGGUAGCGAAGCUAGUCCUAUUCGUAUUUGGACCGCAUGCUGGGUAGUUAACGCGGUGUAUAAAAUAUUAUAUGAAUGUAACAUGGCACGUAUUAAGUACCUACCUAAGAUAAAUUUAGAAUUUUGAAAAUUACGUAUAAAGUGUACCUACUUCCCUUAACUAUAUCAAAUCACAAUUAUUUUAGUUUUUAUAAAUGCUUAUUGUAUAACUAUAUUAAUAUUGUAAAAAGACUUUAUAUCGAUAUUUUUGCUUUUUGAGGGCAAGACUUGGUAGUUGAGACGAUGUUGCUAUCAUAGUAUAUUUGCUAUGCAUAGUGUGGCCAUAAUUUGAAUAGAUUAUUUUUUGUUGUAUUGAAAUGAGGUAUUUGUAUACUAAUACGAAGGUGGACAUAAUUCGACGCGUAAGGAAUUGAGCAUGUCGCUUUACUAAUCAAAGCCGAAGUAAAAAUAUAAAAUGUACAUGUACAAAUAUGCCAUUUUGGUUCAAACAAAUUUAUAUUAAAUAAAGAAUAUUUUUAUACGUUUUACUUUUGAAGAUAUGAUAAUUUUAAUGUUCCUACACGGUAUAGUACUUAGAUCCUCAUAGUAGUGCCAUGUAUUAUGAUUUUUAUACCUAAAUUAUGUGUACACUAACAUCGAAUUAAGACUGAAAAAGUCGUGGGAAUCUUAUCUUCCUAGAAAUUCCAUUAAAUUCCAAUUUUUUUAGAUUAGCUUUACACUUGUUUUAGUAUUGCAUCUACAUCACGGUAAGGUAAGGGCAAAUAGCGUGAGCCAAUUACAAAAUAUAGGUGUUCAACAAAGUUGCCAGUCUUAUCAUAUUUAUUUAUUGCACAUGGCAGCGUUGGAGAGGCAACUAGAGCGCAAGCAUAUUAUUUAAAACCCGGCCCCUUGAUCGGACUAUUUUAUAUACGAAUCGUUAGAUUAAAAUUACUCAUACAUAUGACUACGUUUUGUCGUCGAUAAUUCUGGUAUUGAAGAUGUUAAAAAAGCUAAAUUACGAAAUACUUGACUAGGAUCUGAUUUGGUUCAGCAAAAUGAAAUGAUAUUACUAAUUAUAUAAUGUGUAUUUAUGUAUGUAACUACUAUUUUUAUGGAAACAAAAAUCAUAUAAAUGAUUGUGAUGUAAUGUAAAUAUUGUUAAUAAGGACAAGUUUUAUAAAAACUACGAUGUAUAUACGGAUCCAUAUAACAUAACAUAUUUGUGCAUCUGUUCAUUGUUUGUGCGAAUAUAAUUCACCUUACGUGUU